CGCAGCGCAGGCAGCGGGGGCCGCUCUUCUGCUCGGCUGUCGCGCCUCCAUGUCGGAUAACCAGAGCUGGAACUCGUCGGGCUCGGAGGAGGAUCCGGAGACCGAGUCCGGGCCGCCUGUUGAGCUCUGCGGGGUCCUGAGCAAGUGGACAAACUACAUUCAUGGCUGGCAGGAUCGUUGGGUAGUUUUGAAAAAUAACACUCUGAGUUACUACAAGUCUGAGGAUGAGACAGAGUAUGGAUGUCGGGGAUCUAUCUGUCUCAGCAAGGCUGUCAUUACGCCUCAUGAUUUUGAUGAAUGCCGAUUUGAUAUUAGUGUAAAUGAUAGUGUCUGGUAUCUACGAGCUCAGGAUCCAGAUCACAGACAACAAUGGAUAGAUGCUAUUGAACAACACAAGACUGAAUCUGGUUAUGGAUCAGAAUCAAGCUUGCGCCGACAUGGCUCAAUGGUAUCACUUGUGUCUGGAGCAAGUGGUUAUUCAGCAACAUCCACCUCAUCAUUCAAGAAAGGCCACAGUUUGCGUGAGAAAUUGGCUGAAAUGGAAACCUUUAGAGACAUCCUAUGUAGACAAGUUGAUACUCUACAGAAGUACUUUGAUGCCUGUGCAGAUGCAGUCUCCAAGGAUGAACUUCAGAGGGAUAAAGUGGUAGAAGAUGAUGAAGAUGAUUUUCCUACAACACGUUCUGAAGGAGAUUUAUUGCAUAAUACAAAUGGCAAUAAAGAAAAGUUAUUUCCACAUGUGACACCCAAAGGAAUUAAUGGCAUAGACUUUAAAGGGGAAGCAAUUACAUUUAAAGCAACUACUGCUGGAAUACUUGCUACACUUUCUCAUUGUAUUGAACUCAUGGUAAAACGUGAGGACAGCUGGCAAAAGAGACUGGAUAAGGAAAUUGAGAAAAAGAGAAGGAUAGAAGAAGCCUACAAAAAUGCUGUGACUGAACUGAAGAAAAAAUCCCAUUUUGGAGGACCAGAUUAUGAGGAAGGUCCAAAUAGUCUGAUAAAUGAGGAAGAAUUCUUUGAUGCUGUUGAAGCUGCUCUUGACAGACAAGAUAAAAUAGAAGAACAGUCACAGAGUGAAAAGAGCCGAUUGCACUGGCCUACAUCCCUACCACCAUCUAGUGAUGUUUAUUCUUCUGUGGGUACUCAUAGAUUUGCCCAACAGCCCUAUAGUCGCUCUUCCUCCAUGUCUUCCAUUGAUCUAGUCAGUGCCUCUGAUGAUGUUCACAGAUUCAGCGCACAGGUUGAAGAGAUGGUGAAGAACCAUAUGACUUACUCAUUACAGGAUGUAGGUGGAGAUGCCAAUUGGCAAUUGGUGGUAGAAGAAGGAGAGAUGAAGGUUUACAGAAGAGAGGUAGAGGAAAAUGGAAUCGUUCUGGAUCCUCUGAAAGCUACUCAUGCAGUUAAAGGAGUGACAGGACAUGAGGUCUGCAGUUACUUCUGGAAUGUUGAUGUUCGCAAUGACUGGGAAACAACUAUAGAAAAUUUCCAUGUCGUGGAAAAGUUGUCUGAAAAUGCAGUCAUCGUUUACCAGACUCACAAGAGGGUGUGGCCUGCUUCCCAACGUGAUGUGUUAUACCUCUCUGCCAUUCGGAAGAUACCAGCAUUGACUGAAAAUGACCCUGAAACUUGGAUUGUGUGUAAUUUUUCUGUGGAUCAUGACAGUGCACCCGUAAACAAUCGAUGUGUCCGUGCCAAAAUAAAUAUUGCUUUGAUAUGUCAAACUUUGGUAAGCCCACCAGAGGGAAACCAGGAAAUAAGCAGAGACAAUAUUCUAUGCAAGAUCACAUAUGUAGCUAAUGUGAACCCUGGAGGAUGGGCACCAGCCUCAGUGUUAAGGGCAGUGGCAAAACGAGAGUAUCCCAAGUUUCUAAAGCGUUUCACGUCCUAUGUCCAAGAAAAAACUGCAGGGAAACCUAUUUUGUUCUAGUGUUAAAAGUGAUUAAAGCAAGGCUGUGUGAACAUUCCGUGUUGGAGGAAUUAACCAAAAUGAAUGCUCUAAGUUGGAACGUAGGAUCUACAGUCCUUUCUGUGGCCCAUGACCGUGGCUUUGUGCACUGAAGUGAAGAAACCCUGCAAUACAGUGACGCUGAACAUCUGACACUAGCUCUCUCCUGCUAGCUCUCCUUGCUUGGUGUGUAACUAUAAAUACAUGUAAUAAUACAUGUAUAUGGCUAUAUUUUUAUUUGCUUGCUUUGGGGGAGGGAGGACUUUGAAUCACAAACUGGGGAUUAAUGCUUUAAUUUGGGGAAAUUUUUGCAAAGCUUUUAAUUUUACUAUGGCCCUGCUUAAGAGCCUCACAUAUGUGUUGGAUUUUUGUGUGCAAAUUUUAAAGCACAUAAUGCAGACACAUACGGUAAGGACAUGUGUGCUUUCUGUGCACCAAACAUAGAGGGUAUGGUUCUUUUUUUCAGGCCUGCAGUCAAUUCUGAGUGGCCAGGUUUUUCUGAUUUUGCUUUGUAUAAUCAUAGAGUCCAUUGCUGCUGAUUUCGAUAAUGAAUCAUCUUGUCAUGUAAAAUGUCUCAAUAACUGAGGGCUGUCAAUAACCAAUGACUUUGCCUUUUCUAUUAUCUUACUCUCAUGAUGAACUUUGGUUCUGAUGGAGGAAGUGUGAAAAGCUUUAUUUUUUUCUCAGAUAUCUUUAUAUUUCUAUUGUAUUUUUCAGUUGUGUACUAUGUGCUAUAGUUUUUUUGGUUUGUUUUUAUGAACACAAUUUGGCAAUUUCUAGAAUGGUUCUGUUAUGACCUAUAAGAGACUGCCUGCCUGAAAACAGCAGCAGUAUCUGUUCUCCCUCAUUGGGUAUAGAUAGAACUGUUUUCUGGCAAGAUGAUUAAGGUUACUGAGCUCAUGUUUUCUUGAAAUUGCAAAAGGAUGCACUAUAAUACUUAUUAAAGUAGAUCAGACUUUACAAGUUUGACAUUUGACAACAUUCCCAGUACUUAAAAACAGGCAUGUUUACUGGUCCUUCUGAUUCUGGUCUCAAAACUGUGUUGUGAAGUUUGCAUAGAAAAUGUGAGUUAUGUUAUUAAUGCCUCUUGGUCAGAACCUUCAUUGAACAGUACAGGAUUCUGCUCAAUUUUAAUUGCAGAGUUCCCCUUAGUUACUGUGAAAAUGUAAAUGUAAAAUAACUUUUUAGAUGACUGUAAACAACUUUAAAGCUCGGAGUUGAGGCAGAAAAUGGUACUUAAAGAAGUAGAAAUGACUGCCGACUUCAGAAUCGUCCUAGUGGUGAUGUCUUUGAGAGAGAACGCAGAAGCGUUUCGUGGGUGUUUGCUGACUUAUGCAUCUCAGUAGAAAUAGAAGUCUGAUACUUUUUUGUAAAGUCAUGUAGUAUGAAACAUGUCCUGUAUAUAUUUCAUACAUGAUAAUGAGAUCUUGAUGUUAAAUGCAAGAUGAUUUAAUGACGGGAUGAGGCUGAUUACUUAAAUCUCCACAAUCCUGGAAGAGAAUUACUUGCAUCAGAUAUAAUAGUAUUUAUUAUUCUGUACAAAGAGAGAAAAUGCUUAUAUAAACACGUGCUUACGUUACAUGCACGCAGAUUUCAUGCUCCAUAAAAUUUUUCUAUUUUUUAA